GCAUUCUGGGUCCAUACCAAGAUGGCUGCGCCCUUGCCGAAGUGCUGAAGAAGUGCCUCCCAGAGAAAUUUCCAGGAAUUUCGGUGGAAUUGGCGUUCACAACACCACGAAUUCACACAACGCGAAACACACACAGCGACACAACCAACCCGCAAACUCCCAAAGUGACACGAGUCGGUCCUUCCCGUGGCUGUGGCAGACUGUCGGUGUGAAGAUGGGCCUCAUCUGGAGCCCCUUCCCGUAGCGAACCGCCGUGGGGAGAGGACCCGCAGGUUCCCCUGCAAACACCUGCCCGUAGAACUUGGACUUGACGGCUUUGACAUCAUCUAUAGACUGUGGACGCUACCGUACAACUUCUUGUGCAGAAUUGUCUGUGCGACCGUGUCUGUCAUCGUGAGAACGCGACGAGGUCCCCCCAUCCCGAUAGAGAACCGCACCGCACUGCCAAGGGCCUUAAUGAAAAUGGACGUGGAUUUGCAUUCACCGGCUGUGGGACUGGCUGAGGAAGAGGAGCCCGACCUCAGUGACUGGAAGCUCCCCUUGGCCUUCAUGAAGAAACGCCACUCGGAGAAGAUUGAGGGCUCCAAGGCCCUGGCACAGAGCUGGAGGAUGAAAGACCGGAUGAAGACGGUGAGCGUGGCCUUGGUGCUGUGUCUCAACGUGGGAGUGGACCCCCCCGACGUGGUGAAGACCUCCCCUUGUGCCAGGCUGGAGUGCUGGAUAGAUCCUCUGUCGAUGAGUCCCCAGAAGGCCCUGGAGACCAUCGGAGCCAACCUGCAGAAGCAGUACGAGAACUGGCAGCCAAGAGCGCGCUACAAACAGAGCCUGGACCCCACGGUGGACGAGGUGAAGAAGCUGUGCACGUCGCUGCGGCGCAACGCCAAGGAGGAGCGCGUCCUGUUCCACUACAACGGCCACGGGGUCCCCCGGCCCACCGUCAACGGGGAGAUCUGGGUCUUCAACAAGAACUACACCCAGUACAUCCCCCUCUCCAUCUACGAUCUGCAGACCUGGAUGGGAAGCCCAUCCAUCUUUGUGUACGACUGCUCCAACGCGGGCAUCAUCGUCAAGUCCUUCAAACAGUUCGCCCUGCAGAGGGAGCAGGAACUCGAGGUGGCCGCCAUCAACCCUAACCACCCCCUGGCCCAGCUGCCGCUGCCCCCCUCCAUGAAGAACUGCAUCCAGCUGGCGGCCUGCGAGGCCAGCGAACUGCUGCCCAUGAACCCUGACCUCCCCGCCGACCUCUUCACCUCCUGCCUCACCACGCCCAUCAAGAUCGCCCUGCGAUGGUUUUGUAUGCAGAAGAGUGCCAAGCUGGUUCCAGGUGUCACGCUAGACCUCAUAGAGAAGAUCCCUGGCAGACUCAAUGACAGACGCACUCCCCUCGGGGAACUCAACUGGAUCUUCACCGCCAUCACUGACACCAUCGCGUGGAACGUGCUUCCUAGAGAUUUGUUUCAGAAGCUGUUCCGGCAGGACCUGCUGGUGGCCAGCCUGUUCCGUAACUUCCUAUUGGCCGAGAGGAUAAUGCGGUCGUACAACUGCACGCCCGUCAGCAGCCCCCGCCUGCCCCCGACGUACAUGCACGCCAUGUGGCAAGCCUGGGACCUGGCCGUCGACAUCUGCCUCUCCCAGCUCCCCACCAUCAUGGAGGAGGGCACAGCCUUCAGACACAGUCCGUUCUUCGCCGAGCAGCUGACGGCCUUCCAGGUGUGGCUCACGAUGGGCGUGGAGAACAGGAGCCCCCCCGAGCAGCUCCCCAUCGUCCUACAGGUGCUGCUCAGCCAGGUGCACCGUCUGCGAGCGCUGGACCUGCUGGGCCGCUUCCUGGACCUGGGACCCUGGGCCGUCAGUCUGGCGCUCUCCGUGGGGAUCUUCCCCUACGUGCUGAAGCUGCUCCAGAGCUCGGCCAGAGAGCUCCGUCCCCUGCUCGUCUUCAUCUGGGCGAAGAUCCUGGCCGUGGACAGCUCAUGUCAGGCUGACUUGGUGAAGGAUAACGGUCACAAGUACUUCCUGUCGGUGCUGGCUGACAGCUACAUGCCGGCGGAGCAUCGCACAAUGGCUGUGUUCAUAUUGGCCAUCAUCGUCAACAGUUACACUACGGGACAGGAGGCCUGUCUGCAGGGCAACCUGAUCGCCAACUGUCUGGAGCAGUUGUCGGACCCCCACCCCCUGCUGCGCCAGUGGGUGGCCAUCUGCCUGGGCCGCAUCUGGCAGAACUUUGACUCGGCGCGCUGGUGCGGCGUCCGGGACAGCGCCCACGAGAAGCUCUACAUCCUGCUCUCAGAUCCCAUCCCCGAGGUGAGGUGUGCGGCGGUCUUCGCUCUGGGGACCUUCGUAGGGAACUCUGGGGAGCGGACGGACCACUCCACCACCAUCGACCACAACGUGGCCAUGAUGCUGGCGCAGCUCAUCAACGACGGCAGCCCGGUGGUCCGCAAGGAGCUGGUGGUGGCUCUCAGUCACCUGGUGGUCCAGUAUGAGAGUAACUUCUGCACCGUGGCGCUGCAGUUCAUCGAGGAGGAGAAGAACUACUCGGCCCCCUCGCCGGCCAACACAGCCGAGCCGGGCAGCCUGACCCCGGGGCGGGACAGCCCGGCCGUCCCCCGGCUGCGCUCUGUCAACUCCUACACCAACAUCCGGGCGGCCACCACGGCCCGCAACCUCAACAAGAGCCUGCAGAACCUCAACGUCAACGAGGAGGGGGGGCCAGCGGCCCUCUCCCCAGGUAACCUGAGCACCAGCAGCAGCGCCAGCAGCACCCUGGGGAGCCCCGACAACGACGAGUACAUCCUCUCCUUCGAGACCAUCGACAAGAUGAGGCGGGUCUCCUCCUACUCCUCGCUCAACUCCCUCAUAGGUGUGUCCUUCAACAGCGUCUACACCCAGAUCUGGAGGGUGCUGCUCCACCUGGCUGCGGACCCCUUCCCAGAGGUCUCUGACCUGGCCAUGAAGGUCCUCAACAGCAUCGCGUACAAGGCUACGGUGAACGCCCGGCCGCAGAGGAUCCUUGACUCGGGCUCGUUAACGCAAUCAGCUCCGGCCAGCCCCACCAGUAAGGGUACUCACAUCCACCAGGCCAGCUGCAGUGGCUCCCCUCCCAUGCCCAGCCCCACCAGCUCCAGCCUGACCAACGAGGUCCCCAAGCCCCCCACCAGGGAGCCCCCCACCGCUGCCCGGCCCCCCUACACCCCCACCCUGGGGGGCCAGGCCCCGCACUCGCACCAGUUCCCCCGCACCCGCAAGAUGUUUGAUAAGGGGCCUGAACAGGCUGAUGACGGGGAUGAUGCGGGCCACAAGCACUACAUCACUGCUCUCCAAACAGGCCUGUGUGACUGGAGCGCCAAAUACUUCGCCCAGCCAGUCAUGAAGGUCCCGGAGGAGCUCGACCUGGAGAGCCAGGUGCGGAUGGAGAGGCAGUGGAGGUUCCUGAGGAACGCCCGCGUGAGGAGGCGGAGCCACCGCAUCACACAGCGAGGCAUCUCUCGUCUCGACGACCAGAUCUUCAUCAACCGCAACCCUGGGGUCCCGUCGGUGGUCAAGUUCCACCCCUACAACGCCUGCAUCGCCGUGGCCGACAAGGAUAGCAUCUGCUUCUGGGACUGGGAGAAGGGCGAGCGGCUGGACUACUUCUACAACGGCAACCCGCGCUACACGCGCAUCACGGCCAUGGAGUACCUGAACGGGCACGACUGCUCCCUGCUGCUCACUGCCACAGACGACGGCGCGCUGCGGAUCUGGAAGAACUUUGCGGACCAGAGGAACCCGGAGAUGGUGACGGCGUGGCAGGGCCUGUCUGACAUGCUGCCCACCACCCGAGGCCAGACCUCCAGCACACACAGUCUGGCCAGAAGGGUCUCCAUCUAUCUCGACCGCAGUAAACAAGGAGGCGCGGGCAUGGUGGUGGACUGGGAGCAGGACACCGGGCUGCUCAUGACCUCCGGGGACGUCCGCGUCAUCCGCAUCUGGGACACGGAGCGGGAGAUGAAGGUCCAGGACAUCCCGACGGGAGCGGACAGCUGCGUGACCAGCCUGUCCUGUGACUCCCAGCGCUCCCUCAUCGUGGCGGGGCUGGGGGACGGCUCGGUGCGCGUGUACGACCGCAGGAUGGGCCCCAACGAGUGCCGCAUCAUGACGUACCGGGAGCACGGGGCGUGGGUGGUCAAAGCCCACCUCCAGAAGCAGACUGACGGACACAUCAUCAGCGUCAGUGUGAACGGGGACGUGCGGUUCUUCGAGCCGCGGUCGCCGGACUCGGUCAACGUGCUGCAGACGGUGAAGGGACUGACGGCGCUGGACAUCCACCCCCAGGCCAACCUCUUCGCCUGCGGCUCCAUGAAUCAGUUCAUCGCGGUGUACAACUCCAACGGGGACGUGAUCAGUAACAUCAAGUACUACGACGGGUUCAUGGGCCAGAGGAUCGGCGCCAUCAGCUGCUUAGCCUUCCACCCCCACUGGCCUCACCUGGCAGUGGGAAGCAACGACUACUACAUGUCCAUCUACUCGGCUGAGAAGAGGCUCAGAUAACAACGUGCCAGCGUCGGUCGCCUUCCUCCUCCACCUCCCUCCUCCUCCUCCUCCACCUCCCUACGGACCCCCCCCCCCCCCCCCAACCCCACCACCUCCACCUCUACCACCCCCCCCACCCCUCUGAAGCUGCGUCGGCCGCGGCGUAGCGGGGGCUGUAAAUUAUGUUCUAGUGUACAUAUGCAAUCGCCAAAACCCCGAAUGUCCCCCCCCCCCCCCCCCCCCCCCCUAGUUACCCAGACGGCUGCUGACCAGAGACUCCCCCGAUGAACAAACUCUAUAUUAUUAUUAUUAUAAUUAUUAUUCAUUUAUUCCUCAUUCUUGUGAUGAAGCUGAUGAUUGUAGGUCGCGGGCCUCGCCGAGAAGGAGAGCGUGUACAUUAAAAAGAAAAAAAAAAAAAAAAAAAAAAGGAAGAGGACGAUCAGCGUGCGUACACACCAACGAGGAAGGAGUUCUAUUUUAAGAAGACAGUACCCGCGCGUGACUGAGGCACUCGGCCCACGCCCCCCUCUUCCUCCUCUGCCCCCCCUAUGAGAGAAACAGUGACCCCCGGUGGCCUGGAGGCGGGGCAGGCCCCACCCGGUGGACCGCCGCCCUGGACCCGGAGCAGGGAGAUGGGUGCCAGGAGAUGGAGGGUGGGGGGGGGGGGGGGGGGGGACUCUCUCCGAGCUGGGUCAGGUUGUGCUACUGGAUCCACUGGUGUGGAUGAUGGACUCGAAUCCUUUAGCCAGGCCUUGACCAGGCAGGUGGUGUGUGUGUGUGUGUGUGUGUGUGUGUGUGUGUGUGUGUGUGUGUGUGUGU